CAUCGGUAUACGACGACGUAUCCUCUGGCAAUCUGCAUCACCAUCUUCUCAAUCUCAAAAACCCUUCCCCCAAUUUAGAACCCUAAUAAUGGAUGCUGCAACUCCUUCUUAUCGGAAAUAAAGAGGACACCUCUCUCUCUCUCUACACAUGUGCUUAUAAAUCUAUGUUGCUGGAUUUUGAGACGUACACGUUGUACAUCUGUUGAUCACAAUAUUUGAGAUUUAAGAAGACUAUGGCAUUUAGCGGAUUUGGGAAGAACUCAGGUCCGAGUGCACAGGCUGGGGCUCAAAACCCUUUCGCCAAUUUUCCUCGGCAUCCGUCCCCCUCUUCGCCACUUCCAGUCCCGCCCAGGUCCUCGAUUGACUAUAGGGAUCUUGACGCUUCUGAGGGCAUAUCUUCGCGGCCUUUUAUUUCCACUCAUUCUCUUCCAGGCACACAAAAAAGCAAUGAGCCUCCUUUCAGACGGGGUGAUGUGAAGGCACAUUCACUGAAAGAUCCUGCUGCCCAAUAUCAAAGGCCUCCUGCUGAUCUUCAGCAGGUUACGUCAAGACAUUUAAGACCCGGUGGCCCUAUAAAGACUGCAGAAGUCCAAUCUAUUAGAAGAACUAGUUCACCUUUUACUCAAUCUCCUCAUGAAAUUUCAAAUGCAUCCAGGAGUCCUCUGGGUAGUGACAAGAGUUACUCAGAUCCUUAUGGAGCGCGAUUGUCUCGUCCAGUUUCUCAUAACAGUGUAUAUGCUGGUGGCCAGCGUCCUCAUAUUCAAGACGUUCAGCAGUAUUCUCCCUCUCCUGUGUGGGUCAACAACUCGAAGUUAUCAAGCCAUAAUAUCACUCCGCCAGUGCAAGAAAGACUUUCCCCAGUCUUUCCAUCGGGAGGUACUCAUCAACCUGGACCAAUGUUUAAGACCAAGCACACUGAUGGUCCACUUCAAAAGCGAACACGGUCCCCAACACUUCCCACUGCCACUGUGUUUUCCUCUGAAAAUGCUCGCUCUGAUGGUCCUAAAAGAUCUUUGGUUGACUAUAGGGACCUUGAUGCUCCUGAGGCUAUGUCUUUACCGCCACUGGAUUUUGAGAGCAGCUCCUUUAGGAGGGAAUCUUCUCUGCCUCUUGGAGGAAUUCAAAAGCCAUUUCCCUCUUCCCUUAUGUCUGCUGAUCAAUCAAAAUCCCCCAUAAAUGCCACCCCUCCAUUGGUUCGGGAAGAUGUGUCUGGAGUCUUUACAGCAACGGCCUCUUAUCAACCAGGAAGAAAGCUUCAGCCUGAGCAUGGAAAUGUUCAACUUCCAAAAAGAACAAGGUCUCCAACAAUUCCAUCCCCCAAUGGAAAUUUCGCACAGAAUCCUGCUAGUGUUUUGGACAUUCACAAAAGAGGCACUGGUUUCCAAAGACGAAGUCCGUCUCCGACAUCUGUACAACCCAUGAGUGCUGAAGAUGAUGUAAACACACCAUUGGAAGUUCCAGCUGUAAAAAGAACCAAGAUACCCCAUCAGACUUCACCCGGUCUAGUGUCUCAAGAGAACUUGGAUCCUGAACAGGAGAUUGAGCGAGAAUUGAAUGCCAAAGCAAAGCGUUUGGCUCGCUUCAAGGAUGAAUUAAGCCAACCAGUGCCGAGCCGUCCAACUGUUAAAAACCAAAAGGAUCCCGCCAAGAGUCAGCAGCUGUCUUUGUCAGAGAGACAAAGUUUUUCCGAGGAUCCCAAAGCGGAUAUGAUGGUGGAUUCUGCCAGUGGGAAUGUCUUCUCAGACUAUGAAGGCACAGCAUCAUCCUGUAGUAUAGUUGGAUCGUGUCCAGAUAUGUGUCCAGAGUCUGAGAGAUCUGAGCGUGAAAGAAAAGGAGACCUGGAUCAAUAUGAACGCCUGGGUGGUGAUAGGAACAUUACCAGUGAAUAUCUUGCUGUUAAAAAGUACACUAGGACUGCCGAGAGGGAAGCAGAGCUUAUUCGUCCAUUGCCAAUCUUGCAAAAGACAAUCGACUAUCUUUUGAAUUUAUUGGAUGAACCUUAUGAUGAUAGAUUUCUUGGCUUAUAUAACUUCUUAUGGGAUAGAAUGCGGGCCAUUCGUAUGGAUUUGAGGAUGCAGCACAUUUUCAAUCUAGAGGCUAUCACCAUGCUGGAGCAAAUGAUCAGACUUCACAUAAUAGCCAUGCAUGAGUUAUGUGAAUAUACCAGAGGAGAGGGGUUCUCUGAGGGAUUUGACGCACAUCUUAAUAUUGAGCAGAUGAACAAAACUUCUGUAGAAUUGUUUCAGUUUUACGAUGAUCACAGGAAAAGAGGAAUACAUGUGCCAUCUGAAAGAGAAUUUAGAGGUUAUUAUGCGCUCCUAAAGCUUGACAAGCAUCCUGGGUAUAAAGUUGAACCUGCAGAGCUGUCGCUAGAUCUGGCCAAGAUGACCCCAGAGAUGCGGCAAACUCCAGAAGUGUUAUUUGCUCGUGAUGUGGCCAGAGCCUGCAGAACAGGAAAUUUUAUUGCCUUCUUUAGGCUUGCCCGCAAAGCUAGUUAUCUUCAAGCUUGCUUAAUGCAUGCACAUUUUUCAAAGUUACGUACCCAGGCUCUUGCUUCCUUGCACUGUGGCCUGCAAAUUAACCAGGGAAUUCCCAUCUCUCAUGUUGCAAAAUGGCUUGGGAUGGAGGAAGAGGACGUAGGAGACCUUCUGGAGUAUCAUGGCUUUUCAAUGAGGGAAUUUGAAGAACCGUACAUGGUAAAGGAAAAUGCAUUUGCCAAUGUUGAGAGUGACUUUCCUGUCAAGCGUUCUAAGCUUGUGGAGAGAAAAAGGUCAAGGAUGAUUGUCACUAAUGUCAUGUUUCCUUCACAAACCAAAUCAUAUGCUGAUAAUGAAGUAACAAAAUUCAAGCUAAAGAAGGAUCCUCACCCAAGAUCAACUUUACAACCUACUGUAGCUGUCAACACUCCCCAGCUCUAUGAUCGGGAAAUGCAAGAUAUAGUUACCAGUUUAUCUCCAAAAAGCAGUGUGCAAAAGCCCAUGCAUAAAGCUUCUAUUUCGCCGAUUACACCAGAUAAAAGAACCACCGGAUUUGAGAUUCAAGAGGCUUCAGCUGGUCUGUUAGUAUCGGAAUUCUCAAGAAGUUCCCCUAAACCUCAUGUCAGUUCUGUUGAAUCUGAAAAGAAAUUCAAGUAUGAACCUGCUUUUAGGAAUUCAUUUGGUAGAUCGGUGAAACAUGACUUGGAAGAAACAUCAGCAGUCACCCUGCAGACUGCAGUCACUGAAGUGGCUGCUGAGGAAGACAGAGCUCUAGUUGCAUCUCAUGAUUCUGUUGUUCAUAUUCCAAUACAAAAGCCUGUAUUCUCUGGAGACAGGGAAGAUGAAGAACUAACAGAAGUUGUGGAAGAAGAUACAACUGAUGAAGCAACGACAAGUAAUUAUGAUUUAGAAGUCCUGGAAGCCAGACUUAGGUUGAUGCUGAGGAUAUGGAAGCGUCGUACCACAAAUAGAAGGAAAUUGCGUGAGCACAAAAAGUUUACAGCAAAUGCUGCAAUGGAUUUGCUUUCACUGGGCCCACCAAUUUGGCAGCUUGAAGUUCAACCAGGCAGCUUUGGGACAUUCAACAUUGAUCGUGUCAUGCAUGAGAGACAUGAAAACCAACAAAGGUCGUGGUCGGUGCUGAAUCCUUCGGAUGUGGUUGCUUCUAAACUUUUUGAAAAAAAUCCAGAUGCCAAAUGCAUCUGCUGGAAGUUGGUUCUAUGUUCUCAGGAAGAGACUCCGCAUCAAGGAAAUCCGAGGCUGCACAAUGAUCCUGCCCUCUUGACUGCAAGUUCAUGGUUGCUUUCCAAGCUCAUGCCUGCCAACAGUGAUGGUUCAGAUGAUCUGCUUGUGUCAUCUCCCGACCUUGCAAUUUGGAGAAGUUGGACUCCUAGCAACUCUGAUGAUGACCUGACCUGCUGUUUAUCAGUUAUCACGAGCACGAACUCUGAGGAUAUAAAUAAGUCGAUAACAGGAGCAAGUGCAGUCCUCUUCCUUUUAUCUGAAAGGAUUUCCCUAGAGCUCCAGAAAAAACAGCUUCAUGACCUUGUAGCACUCUUACCUUCUGGUUCUCGCAUGCCCCUUCUUAUUUUGAGUGGCUCCGACAAGGAUGAAUCUGACCUCGCCAACAUAGCUAAAGUAUUGGGACUACACGACAUUGACAAGUCAAGGGUGAUUAUUUCUUGCUUGAUUUCUCUUAAAGAAGUUGAAAUGCAAGGGUUAGAUGGGUUUUUCAGUGACAAACGUCUUCGAGAAGGACUAGAAUGGCUGGCUCGCGAAUCUCCACCACAGAUCGGUGUUAGCAGAGUAAAAACACGUGAACGGGUUCUUUCCCACUUGAACACUAACCUCAAAAUUCUUGAUGGGAUGGACAUUCACAGAGUGGGUCCUAAUGACUGCAUUUCAAUCUUCAAUGAAGCUUUGGAUCGAUCCAUGAAUGAAGUAGCUACUACAGCCCAUGCAAAUCCCACUGGCUGGCCUUGUCCUGAAAUCGACCUGCUUGAGGAGUUCACCGACGAGUCCAUGGCUGCAAAAUUGUACUUACCAAGCGUAGGAUGGAGCUCAGCUUCAAGAACUGAAGUGCUGAUGUCUGCAUUGAAUGACUGCAAGCUCCCGCCAUUGGAGGAUGACCUGUCGUGGUUUUCUAGAGGUCUUGGCAUCGGAGGUGAUAUGGGGAACCAGAAAUCGCGAUUAGAGAGUUGCUUAGUGGACUAUUUAACAGAGGCUAGUCAGAUGAUGGGAGAAGCCAUGGCCCUAAGUGAGGCAGCUGUAUUGCUUCAAAGUUGCACCUCGCUCGAGCUCCACAACACUACCUAUUACAUCAUUCCAAGGUGGGUCUCAAUUUUUCGAAGGCUAUUCAACUGGCGGCUAAUGAAAUUAAAUAGCAAAGAACUGUCCUCGACAUAUCUCCUGCUACAGCAUAGCUCGUCUCCCCCGGGUUCAGAAGCCCUCAAUAGCUUGGAAUCAGAAGAUACUACUCUCUUACCUCCUUACCAUCCCCAGCCAUCUCUUGAUGAACUGGUUGAAGUCGGCUGUUGCCCUACAGGACUCGAGGCGAAUCAGAUGGAUUUCGAGAGCUUUCAACCAUGGUCAUCAAUGGAUUCUGAUUCUGCUGAUUUUCCAUCUUCCAGAGACCAGGUAAUCCCCCAGAAUGGCAUGUUUACGAGUCCUGAUAUUUCAGCAGUCGAAGAACACAACGAUGAUGGAUCGCUGCAGACGCCCUCUUCUGAAGCUCCUAAAGAUGCUGAUAAACUUAGUGAAUUGUUGGAGAAGUGUAAUAUUAUCCAAAACAUGAUUGACAAGAAGUUGUCAAUCUAUUUUUGAUUGUAUCUGCCACAUUUUUUGUGCCAAUACAUAAAACAUUUUGUACCAGAAAUAGCUUGUAUAUCUCUAGACAGCAAUAACUUUCAAUAUCUUUUCCUUCUCUGUAGAAUGUAUUUUCCCAUUUUACACCAA